UUUCCGUUUUUAAUGAGUGUUUAUUGAUGUAUAUUAUAAUUAUUUGACUAUUUUUUUCCUCUAAACACACGUAUUUCUUGUCAUAUUUUCAAUAUUAGAAUAAAUUAAUGUUAAAAUGCAAUAUCCAAAUGAGAGCAUUUCAAGGAGUACCGGCCAAGAUGAAGUUAGUAAUGAUAGCGAUUCUGACGACUCAAGAUGUUAUUAUAAUCGUAGAGUGUAUUUAAACACACUAAAUGAAAGAAAUUCAAUUUUUGUUAAAGUAUGCUUUAUAUUUGUUGUUGUAUUAGAAAGAACAGCUUAUUAUAGUUUGUCUGCGAAUUUGACUUUUUUUUUAUUGGAAUAUCUUAAUUAUUCUAGUUCAUUAAGUAUAGUUACAACCCAGUUUUUUAUAUACACAACCUGGAUAUCAUGCAUUAUUGGUGGUGUUCUCGGAGAUUUUAUACUUGGAAGGUUUCGUACUAUUAUAUUUGGAUUUUUUGUUUAUAUUAUCGGUUUUGGGAUGUUACCUGCUAUUAAUUUUGUUGUAAAUCCAAAUAAUGUACCAAAUACCAAUCAAUCAACACAAGUCACAAAAAACCAAUUAACAGUCAAUUAUAAUAGCACACCAAACAUUGAAAAUAAAUAUAUUGUGUGGGUCUUUUUUUCACUGUUUCUUGUAUCUAUUGGUGAAGGUUGUUUUAAAUCAAAUAUGUCACCAUUUGGAGCUGAUCAGAUAAAUGAUACUGAUGAUGUUGAAUUAAAAAAAUAUUUUCAAUACUACUAUUGGGCAUUAAAUAUUGGUGCAUUCACAGGCUAUUCUGCAUUAACUUUAAUUCAACAAGAAUAUGGUUUUAUAAAAGGCUACCCUAUUUCUGUUGCUUUGUUGAUAAUUGCACUAAUAGUUUUUUGCAUUCCUCAAGUGAAGAAUUAUAAUGCAGUAGUACCAGCACGUAAAAAAUUUUUGGUGAAAAUACUUAAAAUAUGUUGUAAUUCAAAAAGAAAAGCUGAUAAUAAGUAUUCAAAAUAUGAGAGCUAUGUUCCAAUCCAGCACUGGCUAGAUAGAGCUAAAGAGGUUUAUGGUGGCAAAUACUCAGAGUCUGAUGUUGAAGAUAUAAAAAAAUUGUUUUCUGUGCUUCCCAUGUUUUUUUACUACAUUUUAUAUUUUGCUGCAUUUAAUCAGGUUUCCACUUUUUAUCUUCUCCAAGGCAUCCAUAUGAAAGUUGGUUUGCGUCUUUCUUCCAAAAUAACUGUCCCAGCAUGUUGGUUAGGAAUUAUAAACAUCUUCACAAUAGUUAUUUUUGUACCUAUAUUUUCUAAAUAUAUAAAGAAUGCUAAAUCGUAUUAUUUGAUGGUAUCUAUAGGAAGUGAUCCAGCUAUUGGAGUCAUUCCCAGGUUCCAAAACUGUGUUGAUAAUUGUAUGGUGUUUUCAGUUUUGUCAUUGUACUGCGGUGGGGUUGUUGAAAACUAUCGUAUAAUUAAUGGUAACACUCUUGUUACAAAUAAUUUUGGCAAUAUUAUGAGUGUGAAUGCAUCAGACAUGUCAAUAUUCUACCAAGUACCCCAGUAUAUGUUUAUAGGGUUGUCUGAAAUAUUUGUUGUAAUUCCAGGUUUAAAGUAUGCUUACUGUGAGUCACCAAAAUCGAUGCAAAGUUUAGUUACCAGUAUCCUCUACCUUGUAUAUGGUCUUGGAGCGUUUUUAAGCUCAAUGUUGACUUUAAUUGUAGAGAUGUUUCCAAAUUUUUUAAUUACUCGUCAUACAGCCAAUGAACCGUCGAUUAUAAUUCUUAAUGGGAAUUUGGAUUUUUAUCUUUACCUAUUGGCUUUUUUGAAUUUACUCAAUUGGUUUGUAUUUAUGGCUCAUUUUUGGAUAAAAAAUAAGCGUCAAGAACGACUUCUGCUAAGAAGAAAUAUUCUCUCUGCUAUCCCUACAGAAUCAAUCAGUUAAUGUUGUUGUCAUUCCAUUUUACUCUCAUCUAAUAAAUAGUUUAAUUUAUAUUGUACGCUACUUUAAAAAUAAUUACUUUUAGUAUUUGAUUUUUUUAUGUUUGAUGUCCUUUUUUUCUAUGAUGAAUUAAAUUUUGUUAUUUUAAUUUUUUAUAAAAUUUAAAUAAAAUAUAUAUAUUUUUUGAAUAAAAAUUAGUGUAUCUAUUUGUUUUUUUAUUUUAUAUCUUUUUUAUUACUAUUAUUGUUAUUAUUAUUGUGGUUGUUGCAUAGCGUUCUCUACUACAGGCUUAUUCAUCGCGCAACCGGAUUUUUUUGUGGAGGCCUAUUUUUUACGGCAAAAAAAUUUCUCCACGUUCAGACCAGAUACAAUGUCAUCUCGUUUAUGAUAUAUAUUCAAAUAAUGGAAUAUAAUACAAUGUUAAUAAACUUAUAUAAUUUAAA